AUGGUGAUAUCCGCGGUUUUGUCCGCGUUUGUGUUCUUGUGCGUAAUAAACAACGGACAUCAAGAAAGCAGUGAAGGCAGUCUGAAGUGCUACAAGUGUGACUCUGUGUUCGACCCGCAGUGUGGAGAUCCAUUCGACAAAGUGAUCGGUAGCGUUUUCAUCGUCGAUUGCGACAACGAGUCGGUAAAGCCUGUCAAUGCGAAAAACAAACGCCCUGUUGGAUGCCGGAAAAUUGACCAGCACGUAUUGGAUAAGAUUACCGUUGUCCGCCAGUGUGCAUACACAGGUCAGAACAUGACUGGUGUGAAGCGGCCCGGAAACAAGGGAAUCGUGAAGUACUUGAACCAGUGUUCGACGCACGAAUGCAACAAAGGCAAGCUCAGAGUCUCGUCAUCGUUCGCGGCCGUCGUCGCUCCGCUCGUGUUCGCCUUCAUUCUGCGUUACGGUUUUUGA